GCGUAACGUUCUCAACGUCCUCCUGUAACGCUUCUGCCAUGCAGGGUAGAAAGACAUCUGUGCAUAACAGCAGAGAACCAGACAUGGAUACUAAGGAUGAUUUGAGAAGAAAACUCCAUCAAGCCAAGAAAGAAAAAUUGGAUUUAAUUGCUGAACAUAAUGAAGAGCUUUCAAAAUGUGUAAGUCAGAUUGCCAAGUUGCGAGCUGAAGUUGAGAAAGGCGAGGCUGUUCGACAGAGUCUGGAGUAUGAGCUUGCUAUUGCAAGAAAAGAAGUUGGAUUGGAACGGUAUUCUUCAGAAGACAAGUUAUGUGAAGCAAACAAACAAAUUGAACAGCUUCAAGCGACAAUUACGGCUUUUCAGCAGAAGUUGAAUGAGACGGAGAGAGCCUUUCAUAUUUCUCAGCAGCACUGGGAUGAAAAACAGCAAAGGCUUGUAAAUGACAUCACCGAAAAAGACCUUAUUAUCAAGUCCUGCAAUAGUGAAUAUGAAUUACUGUUGAAGGAGAGGACUCAACUGGAAAAUAUUUUGAAGGAAAAAGACAGUGCAGUGCAAAGUGUUCACCGGAGACUGCAGGAUUUGGAACUAGAACAUAGCAACUGCUCUGAAGUGAUGAGGCGGCAGAACAAUGAACUUGAAUUCAGUGCUGAACGAGAAGCUCGGUUUAAAAAAGAACUUGAUGCAGCUGUAGCAAGAAUUAAGAAACUGGAAGAAAAUAUUGAAGCAGAAAGAGCAGCACAUCUGGAAUCAAAAUUUAAUUCUGAAAUAAUACAGUUAAGAAUUCGAGACCUGGAAGGAGCUUUGCAAGUGGAGAAGGCCAGCCAAGCAGAAGCACUUUCUGAUUUGGACAUUGUCAAAAGCAAGUUCAAAGAAGUAGAAAAUGCUUAUGAGAGGGAAAAGCGAAAUGCUCAAGAGAGCUAUGAAAAACUCAAUCUGUACGUUGUUAAUCAGAAUCGACUGGAGAAGGAUUAUCUCUCCAUAAACAAGAGGCUAAAGGAAGAAGUAGAGGAAAAGAAGAAUGCAAUUACAGAGCUCUCACAGAGACUACAGGAUAAUGAAAAAAGUUACAGAGAAUUACAGGACGAGCUUCUCCUGGCCAAGAAACGCCAGGCCUUCCUAACAGAGACUUGUGAAAACAACAUGAGAGAGCUGGAGUUACUCUUGGACAGCUUUGCUAUGUCAAGCCAGCGAGCAGCAGGCACUUGCAAGGACAAAGAUAAACCUCUGAGCUUCACUCUUGUCCUUGAGACUUUGAGGCAUACCUUGACAGAUUACCAGAACAAGCUGGAAGAUACAUCUAAUGAGCAAAAGAAAAUGAUGAUUUUGUCUGAGAGGAUAGCCAAAGAGUUUGAUUCUUCCAAACAGCAGCUAAGAUCUCAAGCUCAAGAACUUCAGGAGGCUGAGGCUAAAUUUGCUGAGGUCAAUAAGGAGUUAAAUCAUCUGCAUGCCAAGUGUGCAGAUAGAGAUUCUUUAAUAGGCACUUUAAAAGUGGAACUGCAGAAUGUACUACACUGCUGGGAGAAGGAGAAAAUGCGUGCCACAGAAUCUGAAAAUGAAACCCAGAGGCUUACACAAGCUUACCAGAAGGAUGUGGAGGAGAAGCUAACCUUCCUCCAUACUUUGUAUCAGCACUUGGUAGCAGGCUGCGUGCUUCUAAAACAACCAGAAGGCAUGCUGGAUAAAUUCUCCUGGCCAGAGCUCUGCACGGUCUUGCAGGAGAAUGUUGAUGCCCUGAUCUUAGACCUCAACAAGGCUAAUGAGAAGAUAUCUCACCUUGAAUAUGUUUGUAAGAACAAGUCAGAUACCAUGAGGGAGCUUCAGCAGACUCAAGAAGACACAUUUAACAAAGUGGCCGAGCAGAUGAAAGCACAAGAAAGCUGUUGGCUGAAGCAGAAGAAAGAAUUGGAACAGCAGUAUUCUGGCCUCCUCGGGGAAGUUCACGCAAGGGCACAGAAAUAUCAAGAAAUAGCAGAAAAAACAAAAGAAAAAUUCGCUGCUGCUGAAAAAGUACAGGAGCAGUUGCUCCUCGAAAAUUCGCGCUUGAAAAAUGUGUUGACGGAAACUCAAAACGAGCAUACUGCUUUGCUGGCAGCUUGUGCCCUGUUGACUGGUGCCUUGUAUCCUCUCUAUAGCCGGUCCUGUGCCUUAUCCACCCAAAGGGACUUUCUUCAGGAUCAGUUCAACACCUAUGAAAUUUUGAAGCAUGAGAUUAGGACCUUGGCCAGUGCAUUGGCUGAUACAGAAGAAAAGCAGUGUGAGGACAAGGUGAAGAAGAAAAGACAUUAUAGAGGCCUGAUACAUCUCUUCCGUAAAAGUGUCAUUGCGGUGCUGGCAGCCAAUAGGCUUCAAAUGUUGGCCCAGUCAUGCAGUGCCCUGUUCUCCUGGGUGGAUGGCUUUAGAGAAGGCAUAGGAAUUUUGGUCUGCAUAGGAGAUUCACCAGAUGCACAAAAUCUGUCAAGGCAAGAAAAGGAACAUAACUAUUCUCUUCAAGCUUUGAAUUGGUUUACUAGUCGUGACCUCCUUGCUUCAGUCCUCAGUUCUAUGGUGGAGCUUCAAGAAGUUGUUAGCAAAUCAGAUCUCAAUUCCUGGCUUUCCGGACAUUUACUUGUAAGCGCGGCAAGGAAUUCUUUUUCAAAACUCAUGGACAAACUUUGCGUAAUGAUGGAAGUUGCCCCGGCAGACAGCAGCAGGAGCAUUACCUACGUAGAGAAAGACUCAUUAGUUCAGAGACUGGCUCGUGGGCUGCAUAAAAUAAAUGCACAAGCCCUUAAAGCAGGCAUAAAUGACAGAGUCCCUAUUACGAAAAGUAUUGCAUUCUUGCAGAAGCAAAUAUUUGAAUUUACACAAAGGCUGCAUACAGCAGAAGUGGAACGGCGGUCACUGCGCUUAGAGCUCACAGAAUUCAAACGGAAUUUGAAUGAGAUGAAGAGAGAGGCUGACAAAGCCCAGAGCCUGCAAGAGCAAUUAAAUGCAUUUAAGCAAUCUAAAUUGAUCACCCACGAGAGGUUUGAAAGUGCAUGCGAAGAGCUGAAUAAUGCAUUACUUCGGGAGCAGCAGGCACAAAUGCUUUUGAACGAGCAGGCACAACAGCUCCAGGAGUUGCAGUACAAACUGGAAUUGCAUUCCAGUGAAGAAGCAGACAAAAACCAAACCCUAAGUGAAGCUGUGAAGAGUCUCUCCGAGGCAAAGAUGGAGCUGAGAAGAAAAGAUCAAUCUCUGCGUCAGCUCAAUAGACAUCUUACCCAGCUGGAGCAGGACAAGCGUCGGCUGGAAGAGAGCAUCCGCGAUGCAGAGAGUGCCCUCCGCAUGGCAGCAAAAGAUAAAGAAUUAAUUGCUACUCAUAUGAAAUCCGUGGAGAAUUCUCUUCAGAAUGUCAGAGAUCAGAUCUCGCUGUCACGGACUGCGGCAACUAGGAAUGACUUCACCCUGCAGCUGCCUAAGCUGCACCUGGAGACCUUUGUAAUGGAAGGGCUCAAGGCUGGGCCUGAGGUGGUAGCAUUCCAGGCUAUGGUGGCGAGUUUUAUGGACGUCUAUCAACUAGUGGUCUCCAGAGUUGCCACACUAGAAAGAGAAAUAGCAUCCCAUCGGCAUCACAUUGCAGCUUUGAAAUCAGAACUCCAAACUGCUUGUCUUCGUGAAAAUGAAGGCUUGCACUCAGAUUCACGGAACAGUACAAACAUUCCUGCAGCUUCAAGACCAGCAUCCCAGUUUGACCAGAGUGGCGUCCUGGAUUUUUUGCCGCUGAAGGCUGAGUCGGAUUAUGAGGCAUCUUUUCCUUUGGCAUACAACAGACCCCAUUCUCAGGCUUCUUCAUCUUACUCCGCUACCCUAAAUAUCACAGCUAGCACCAAACGAGCAAUGCAAAAUGGUUGUUAAGUUUUUAUUAUGUGGUAUUUUUAAGUGGUAAAAAACCCCUAAUUAAAUCCUAUUUUAUUAGUAUGCCUUUAUACAUUGAAUUCUGGCUCAGUGUCUCUGCAUUUUUGUGACAUUAAUUUUGCAUUUAUUCAGUGUGAUGGUUUUAAGUAGGAGGGGGGCCUUGUACAUAUGUUCCUUUGCUUCAUACUUUCAGCAUAGUGAAACAGUCCAUUUAAAAAAAAAAGUUUUAUUUAUCAUGGAAGCUCAUUUUUAUGUAAUAUAUUUUUAAAUGUUAAAGAAUGACACAUUUUGGGUAAUUUUCCUCAGACUUUUAAAAAAAUCAAUAAGCCAUUUUGGUCUCUAUCUAUCAAAGUUGUUUCAUACUUGUCUAUUUUAAAACAGGGCUGCAAUACUUUAAUGGGAUUGAGAGAGCUAUUUGAAAUGUAUGCCAAUGAUUCCUGUCAUUUCAUGGCAGCCCUGCCAUGGUUCACUGAGCCCCCUCUUCUCUCUUGUCAGCUCAACUGAAGACAAGCAUUUAGUUGCAAACUUUAAGCAGGUUGUGCAAAACAGAAAUGAUGUGACUGCUUCUCCUCCUGCACAAUAAUGUCACUCCUGGUCAAUGUGAGAAGGUCAGGUUGCUCCUUGUAAAGCUACAUGAUACCACUUGCCCAUUUUGAACAAGUUAAGUGCUGAAUCUGGUCCCUGCAGGCGCCACAAACUCACCCUUUUAGCAAAGGCUGCAUUUGAUAAGGAAGUAGAAACCAUUGUUCUGGGAGAAAUUUUAGAUGAUAUGUUUAUGUACUUUUAUAAGGGCAGUUCCCAAACCAACAUUGCAGGUAAUAUAUUUAGUUUGAGCUGCAAGACUUUAAAGUAAUGGCUGUUUUGACCUUCAAAAUAAGCUCCUUUUAUUUUUGUUGUUGUGUUGGUAGGACCCAAGAGUGACGCCCAUCUUUGAUGCUGACAGAAUUUAAAGCAAGGCCAUUGCCCUGCAUUUUCUGCCUUGUAGCACACAAAAGUAAAAUUGUAUGUCAGGCCGAGAUGUCGGGGAGCUGACAAGAUGCCCCAGUGACAUUUCAGCUGGAAAGAGCAAGUGUCUUGCAACCAAGUGGUCAAAUAUCAAAUAAUAGGUCAAGCAGGAAGGAGCUGAGUUCUAACCACAAAGAGGUUUCUGGUAACUUACUUGACAAGCUUUUGGGUGCUUUGUGGCUUGACAAAGUGAUGUUCUGUUGGGUAUCGCUAGACAGACUGUUCUUUAUCGCCUUUAGAAGAUCAGACAUUGACAUUGAUUAAACUCUUUAACCCUUAAAGGUUAAAUCUUAGCCAGUAUGCGUCAUUGUGAGUAAAGAACAAAAGAAAACUUGUAAUAUAUACCAUUUGUUAUGGUAUUAAUCACCCCAACUCCCCAGUGCCAUUAACAUUUGAUGUGUGAUGUAGUUUUUGACAGGGAUAUUGAAUACAAAAUCUAUAUGUUAGAUUGCUUCUCAUUAUGGAUCAAGGAUACAUUAAAAAUAACAUCGUGCUUUGUAGAAUUUGUAAUUUCUUGUGCUUUGAUAAGAACAGUGUUUGAUUCCAAGGGUCCUGACGACUAACAUUUAUCUUUGUUCUCCUUGCCCUAGAAGAAAAAAUUUGCAUAUGUAAUACACAUCAUUAUAAGUAAAAUCAUGCAGAUUUCCAAGAUAUGUACUUGAAAACCACUCUGUAGAACGUCAGAAAAUUUCAAGUAUUACUUGAAAUACUUCAUUUCUAAAAGUGGUUUCACAUGUGCAAUAGCAACUGUA